AUGCCGGAGCAGAGGGCAGGAGCUCAGCRGCCUCCUCUGCGCGGCGAUGGCAGCGUGGGGCGUCCUUGGUGCCCCAAGGACAUCCUUGAGGCUGACUUCGAUGCUGCUGCAGAAGAUGUAAGAAAAUUAAAAACAAGGCCGACUGCUGAUGAACUGAAGGAACUAUAUGGUUUCUACAAACAGGCUACUGUUGGAGACAUUAAUAUUGAAUGUCCAGGAGCGCUAGAUUUGAAAGGCAAAGCCAAGUGGGAAGCAUGGAACCUGAAAAAAGGUUUAUCAAAGGAGGAUGCCAUGAAUGCCUAUAUUUCUCAAGCAAAAGCAAUGGUAGAGAAAUAUGGGAUCUAAAAUACUCAAAAUAAUUCCCUCUAAUAACUAACUUUUCAGUAUCUAAUGAACUAACUUUUCUAGGAAUGUGCAAUACUAACUCUUUAUUGUCUAACCUGACACUAAAAAUAUUUUAAGCAGGAGUUGUUUGGCCCUAAAGGGCAUUUACAUACAUGCUGUAUUUUAGACUAUAACUGUACUUAUUCGAAAUAAAUUUGUACCUAUUCAUUUAAUCUUUCUGUAAGAAUUGUGGAUUUCUGAAGGUAUUAAGUUAUA